CAGUGCCUCGUGAAGGACAUGGAGCAGCGGCCGUUCAGCCGACACCUUCUCAGGCACCCGCUCCUGCAGCGCGCUGCCCUUCAAGCUCAACGGGUGCGCCUGGAGCUGCGUCGCGAGAUCCACGGCGAAGGGCGGAGUCCCCGGUCGCGCGCCCGAGCCCGCCAGCGCGCGCCCCAGGUCACCACGAAGCACGGCCAGCUCAAGCAGGACCGGCGCUCCAAGCCCCAGCCCAUGUUCCGCGACGACCUCGCCGCGCUCGACAAUCUCACCGAGGCCAGCAUUGUGGAGCAGCUGCAGCGGCGUUUCGAACAGGGCCAGAUCUACACGUACAUCGGCGACAUCCUGCUGGCGGUCAACCCGUUCGCCAGCCUGGGGCUCUACUCGGAGCACGAGCAGGCGCGCUACCGCGGCCGCGCCCGCUCCGACAACCCGCCGCACAUCUUCGCCGUGGCGGACGCGGCCUACCAGGCGCUCGUGCACCAGGCGCACAACCAGGCCAUCGUCAUCUCGGGGGAGAGCGGCGCCGGCAAGACGGUGUCGGCCAACCUGCUGCUCAAGCAGCUCGUCUACCUGGGCAAGGCGCCCAACCGCAACCUGGAGAAGCGGAUCCUGCAGGUGAACCCCGUCAUGGAGGCGUUCGGCAACGCGCAGACCGGCAUCAACUCCAACUCGUCGCGCUUCGGCAAGUACCUGGACGUGGCCAUGACCAGGAGCGGGCGCGUGACGGGCGCGCGCAUCUCGGUGUACCUGCUGGAGCAGUCCCGCGUAGUGCAGCAAGCAGAGGGCGAGCGCAACUUCCACGUGUUCUACUACCUGUACGACGGCCUGGAGCGGGAGGGCCGCCUCCACGACUUCCACCUGGACGCGGACCUGCGCGCGCACCACGCCUUCCUGGCCGGCGAGCGCACCGACCCGCUCAGCAAGCAGGCCAACGUGGAGCGCUUCUACCAGCUCAAGGCGGCCUUCGGGCUGCUGGGCUUCCGCCCGGACGAGGUGGACUCGGUGUACCGCGUGCUGGCCGCCAUCCUCCACAUCGGCGACCUCGAGUUCGCCGACCAGCUGCCCGCCAACAACGGCGCGGGCGACCCCGGCACGCGCCUGCUGGACGUGGCGCCUCUGCACCGAGUGUCGCAGCUCCUGGGCGUGGACGCGGCCGAGCUGGUGACGGCGCUCACGUCCACCAGCGUGGUGACGCGCGGCGAGACCAUCACGCGCUGCAACAGCCGGCAGGAGGCGAGCGCGGCGCGCCACGCGCUGGCCAAGGGGCUGUACGGCCGCCUGUUCGACUGGAUGGUCAACCAGAUCAACACGCUGCUCGCCUUCAACAAGGCCGGCGAGGACCCGCUCUCCAUCGGCCUCCUCGACAUCUUCGGCUUCGAGAACUUCCCGCGCAACUCGUUCGAGCAGCUGUGCAUCAACAUCGCCAACGAGCAGAUUCAGUAUUACUUCAACCAGCACAUCUUCACCUGGGAGCAGCAGGAGUACAUGGCGGAGGGCGUGCCCGUCGACCUGGUCGAGUUCUCGGACAACCGCCCCGUCCUGGACAUGCUGCUGUCCCGCCCGCUCGGCCUUCUGGCUCUGCUCGACGAAGAGUCGAGGUUUCCCAGAGCCAGCGACCGGACUCUAGUCGAUAAAUUUCACUGCAACAUGAAGAGCCGCUUCUACGUGCGGCCCAAGGGCAACGCGCUGUGCUUCGCCGUGUGCCACUACGCGGGCAGGGUCGUGUACCAGGCCGAGGGCUUCCUGGAGAAGAACCGCAACUUCCUGCCGCCGGAGGUGAUUCAGGUGGUGCGCAGGUCGUCCAUCUCCUCCGUCCGCUUCCUCUUCCAGUGCCCCAUCACCAGGACGGGCAACCUGUACGCCGCGGCCACCCCCAGCCCGGAGCCAACCACACCACCGUAUCUAAACAAACUACUUGCUUCCGGCCACCUCCAGGAGCGGUUCAGCAGCGUCGGCCUGGCGUCGCAGUCGCGCGCCCAGCAGACGGUCUCGACGUACUUCCGGUUCAGCCUGAUGGACCUGCUGCAGAAGAUGGUGUCCGGGUCGCCGCAGUUCGUGCGCUGCAUCAAGCCGAGCGAGGAGCGGGCCUCCUCCGCGCCGCCGGGCGGGCCCGGGGGCCGCGGCGGCGCCGUGUUCGACGCCGACAAGGUGCUGCGCCAGCUGCGCUACACGGGCGUCCUGGAGACGAUCCGCAUUCGGCAGCAUGGCUUCUCCCACCGCUUGCCCUUCGCCGAGUUCCUCAAGAGGUACUACUUCCUUGGCUUCGGGUUCAAGGAGAACGUUCCUGCGACGAGGGAGUCCUGCCGCCUGCUGCUGGUGCGGCUGCACAUGGACGGCUGGGCGCUGGGCAAGACCAAGGUGUUCCUUAAGUACUACCACGUCGAGUACCUGGCCAAGCUGUACGAGGAGCAGGUGCGCCAGGUGGUGCUGGUGCAGGCGUGCGUGCGCGCGUGGCUGGCGCGCGUGCGCUACCGGCGCGCGCUGGCGCACCGCGAGGCCGUGCGCGAGGCGCAGCGCCAGUCGGCGCUCACGCUGCAGCGGUACGUGCGCGGCUGGAUCGAGCGGCGGCGCGUGCACGAGCUGGAGGCGCAGGCGGCGCGCGCGCACGCGCAGGCCCAGGCGCACGCCCAGGCGCACGCCCAGGCACAGGCGCGGGCGCGGGCGCCGCGGCAGCGCCAGCCCCCGGCGCUCGUCAACCAGCCCAAGAAGGGCAAGCAGGCGGGCGCGGCGGCCUGGCUCAAGGCGCGUCUCCGGCGCCGCGGGAACGACAAGGAGAACCAGCCCCUGGACCCCAACCAGGCUGCGGUUCUCAUCCAGAGCCAUUUCCGAGGCUACACGGCCCGCCGUCGCUGGAGGCGCGACGUGGAGGCCGACGCCCGGCAGAGAGAGCGGGAGCGGGCAGCCCAGGCGGCGCAGAUUGUGCUUCCCGACAUAGCGGCGAGGAACAGCGCCGAGCUGGCCGCCUUCUCCCAGAAGGUGCACGCGGCCAACCAGGACGCCCACCGGUACCUGCGGCGGCAUAAGAACGCCGCCCCGGGGCCGGCGGGCGGCGCCAAGCCCGCGGGGAAGCCGCUGGGCAAGCCCGUCGCGGCCUCGGCGUACUACGAGGCUCUCCAGGAUCACGUCAGCAGGAAGAACGCCGACAACCACCAGCCCGAGGCUCCCCGCCGGCGGGGAAGGGGGCAAGGACACCAAGGGCAAGGGAAGCAACCCAAACAGCAGGCCGUCAACGGCGGCGGACACAGCCAGCCCAGCCCGUCGGGAGGGUCGUCGGGUAGCCCUGGUGGGUCAUCCCCAGGACACCAAGGACCCCCCGACGUGCACCGCGUCCUCAGGUCCUCGCCCACGGCCAACCCCGGCCUCGGCCCUGCUUCUUCGCCGUCCCCCGCCGUGCCGCCCUCCCCCGCGCGCACCCCCGUGCUCCCCAACUCCCACUCCCCCGCCCCCGUCGGCCUCCUCGACCCCCGCAGCCCCAGCGGCUCCAACGAGGAUCUGCGAGGACCCUACGACUUCCGCCGUCUGCUCAGGCCAACCGACUACCUGCCUACCGAGUCCCUUCGCAAGCGCAAAGGCGUUCGCGGCUGCGGGCCCCUGAUGCCGUGCGGGCCGUGCGGGCCGUGCGGGCCGUGCGGGCCGUGCGGGCCGUGCGGGGUCUCGUGCGCGCAGCUCGGCCCUGGCCGCCGCUCGCCGCCCUCGCCCACGGACUCGCCCGUCAAGAGGCGGCCGCUGCACGGGGCCGCGGCUCACUGAGUCAGCCGUCAUCACAUAUUUAUUUACCUAUACAUAGCUGAACAUAGUUUGAGUGUGUAAAGUUUGGAAUCUAUUUUUAUGUGUCGCCUGUUGUCAAUAAAGAUGAAAUGCAUUGUCGAAAA